GCCGUAGCUCGGGGCCGGAAGUGCCGGCGCGCCAGCCGCUGAGAGCUUGGGUGGCGCCCGCCGGCCGCGCAGAAGUGUUUGUGCCGCUCCUGCCGACAGCCCUCCAGGCGCGAACGGCCGAGGCCAUGUCGUCGGUGAGCCCCAUCCAGAUCCCCAGCCGCCUGCCGCUGCUGCUCACCCACGAGGGCGUGCUGCUGCCCGGCUCCACCAUGCGCACCAGCGUGGACUCGGCCCGCAACCUGCAGCUGGUGCGGGGCCGCCUGCUCAAGGGCACGUCGCUGCAGAGCACCAUCCUGGGCGUCAUCCCCAACACGCCCGACCCGGCCAGCGACGCGCAGGACCUGCCGCCGCUGCACAGGAUUGGGACGGCCGCACUGGCAGUUCAGGUUGUGGGCAGCAACUGGCCCAAGCCCCACUACACUUUGCUGAUCACAGGCCUGUGCCGUUUCCAGAUCGUACAGGUCCUAAAAGAGAAGCCCUAUCCUGUGGCUGAAGUGGAACAGUUGGACCGACUGGAAGAAUUUCCCAACACCUGUAAAACUGGGGAGGGACUAGAGCUAUCAGAGCAGUUUUACAAAUACGCUGUCCAAUUGGUUGAAAUGUUGGAUAUGUCCGUCCCUGCAGUUGCUAAGCUGAGACGUCUUUUAGAUAGUCUUCCAAGGGAAGCUUUACCGGACAUUCUGACGUCCAUCAUCCGAACAAGCAACAAAGAGAAGCUCCAGAUUUUGGAUGCUGUGAGCCUGGAGGAACGGUUCAAGAUGACCAUACCACUGCUUGUCAGACAAAUUGAAGGCCUGAAAUUGCUUCAGAAAACCAGAAAACACAAGCAGGAUGAUGAUAAGCGGGUCAUAGCAAUACGCCCUAUCCGGAGGCUGACGCACAUCCCAGGUACUUUAGAAGAUGAGGAUGAGGAUGAAGAUAAUGAUGACAUUGUCAUGCUGGAGAAAAAAAUACGAACAUCUAGUAUGCCAGAGCAGGCCCACAAAGUCUGCGUCAAAGAGAUGAAAAGACUCAAAAAAAUGCCUCAGUCAAUGCCAGAAUAUGCGCUGACUAGAAAUUACUUAGAACUCAUGGUGGAACUCCCUUGGAACAAGAGUACAACUGACCGUCUGGACAUUCGAGCAGCCCGGAUUCUUCUGGAUAAUGACCAUUAUGCCAUGGAAAAAUUGAAGAAAAGAGUGCUGGAAUACUUGGCCGUCAGGCAGCUGAAGAACAACCUGAAGGGCCCAAUCCUGUGCUUUGUUGGCCCUCCUGGAGUUGGUAAAACUAGCGUGGGAAGAUCAGUGGCCAAGACGCUAGGGCGGGAGUUCCACAGGAUUGCGCUCGGAGGAGUGUGCGAUCAGUCUGACAUCCGAGGACACAGGCGCACCUAUGUUGGCAGUAUGCCAGGUCGGAUCAUCAAUGGCUUGAAGACCGCUGGGGUUAACAAUCCAGUGUUCCUAUUGGAUGAGGUGGACAAACUAGGAAAAAGCCUGCAGGGCGAUCCUGCAGCCGCUCUGCUGGAGGUGUUGGAUCCAGAACAGAACCAUAACUUCACAGAUCAUUACCUAAAUGUGGCCUUUGACCUUUCCCAAGUUCUCUUUAUAGCCACUGCCAACACCACUGCGACUAUUCCACCUGCCUUGUUGGACAGAAUGGAGAUCAUUCAGGUGCCAGGGUAUACGCAGGAGGAGAAGAUAGAGAUUGCCCACAGGCACUUGAUCCCGAAGCAGCUGGAACAGCACGGCCUGACUCCUCAGCAGAUCCAGAUCCCUCAGGUCACAACGCUUGACAUCAUCACCAGGUAUACCAGAGAGGCAGGGGUUCGCUCUCUGGAUCGGAAGCUUGGGGCCAUUUGCCGAGCUGUUGCUGUGAAGGUGGCCGAAGGACAGCAUAAAGAAGCCAAGUUGGAUCGUUCUGAUGCGACGGAGGGAGAAGGUUGCAGAGAACACGUCUUAGAAGACACAAAGGCUGAAUCGAUCGGGGACACCGCUGACUUGGCUCUGCCACCGGAAAUGCCAAUCCUGAUUGAUUUCCACGCUCUGAAGGACAUCCUUGGGCCCCCAAUGUACGAAAUGGAGGUGUCUGAGCGCCUGAGUCAGCCCGGAGUGGCCAUAGGUUUGGCUUGGACCCCCUUAGGGGGGGAAAUCAUGUUUGUGGAGGCAAGUCGGAUGGAUGGCGAAGGCCAGCUAACUCUCACUGGCCAAUUGGGGGACGUCAUGAAGGAGUCUGCCCACCUCGCUAUUAGCUGGCUCCGCAGCAACGCAAAGAAAUACCAUCUGACUAAUGCUUCUGGAAAUUUUGAUCUUCUUGACAACACAGACAUCCAUCUGCACUUCCCAGCUGGAGCUGUCACUAAAGAUGGACCGUCGGCUGGAGUUACCAUAGUAACCUGUCUCGCCUCACUUUUUAGUGGGCGGCUGGUUCGUUCAGAUGUAGCCAUGACUGGUGAAAUUACUCUGAGAGGUCUUGUUCUCCCAGUGGGUGGCAUCAAGGACAAAGUGCUGGCAGCACACAGAGCGGGACUGAAGACGGUCAUUGUCCCCCAGAGGAACGAAAAGGACCUUGAAGAAAUCCCAGGCAACGUGCGGCACGACUUACGUUUUGUCACAGCGAGCUGCCUGGAUGAAGUUCUGAAUGCUGCUUUUGACGGUGGCUUUACUGUGAAGACCAGACCUGGUCUCUUAAAUAGCAAACUGUAGGCUCACAUCUCAGCAUUUCAGAAUUUUAGGUCACGAAGUGCCAAGAGGUCCCGACACGGUGACUUAUUCACAGCAGGGGGUGAGCAGGGUACCCCAAUGAUUAUGUCCUAAUCACAGCAGGAACGAGCCUCACUCAGGUGGCUGUGCUUACUGCAGAAAUGGUAAUUUAAUAAAUUGGUGGAAAUUCAA